AUCCGGCUGCGGAGCACUGCCGCUGCAAACGCCCCACAGGAAUGGGUGGCCUACAGAAAUAGAGACGCUUGCUGGCAUCGCCAUCUCCAUACCGAGGAGCGAAAACGAAACCUUAGACGAGCGAGAGGAAAAGGAGAGGAGGAGGAGGAGCAGAGCGAGGCCGCACUGGGACGCAGCCGGCACUUCGUUAGGAGCAUAAGAGCUGCGCAGCCGGCUUUAGAAGGGCGCCGGGAAAUAGCCGACGCGCAGUCCUUCCUUUUCUUCACAGAAAGACAUUUUGAAGCGUCUUUGACACUAUUUUUUAAACUUCUCAAUCAAAGAUGCCACAGAAACGUCGCUCGCAGUCCUGGGCUGAGCUCAAAGACUCCGGCAACGUGCAUUUCAAGCACGGGCAGUACGGCGAGGCCUCCGCUCUCUACUCGCAGGCCAUCGCGCUUCUGGAGAAGUCAGGUAAGAAUAACCAGGAAGAUCUAAGCAUCCUGUACUCAAACCGGGCUGCCAGUUAUCUGAAGGAUGGGAACUGUGCUGAGUGCAUAAAGGACUGCACAGCUGCUCUGGAACUGGUGCCGUUCGGUAUCAAAUCCCUUCUGAGACGCGCUGCUGCUUAUGAAGCAGUGGAGAGGUACCGGCUGGCUUACGUCGACUACAAGACCGUUUUGCAGAUAGACUGUAACAUUCCAGCCGCCCAUGACGGAAUAAACCGAAUGACAAAAGCUCUGACGGAGCAGGAUGGCUUGUCCUGGCGCGAGAAUCUGCCCCCAAUUCCCACGGUGCCGCUGUCUGUCCGGGAGAGGGCGUGCCAGGCAGCAUCUUCUGCGCCAAACGCGCAGCACAAUAGAACAAGGGCACCAGAGAAGCCUGGGGAGGAUUCCUUAAAGCGAGCAUUGUCCUUAAAGGAAGAAGGCAAUGCACUGGUGAAAAAGGGGGAGCAUACAAAGGCGAUUGAGAAGUACAGCCAGAGCCUCAAACUUAACUCUGCAGAAGUCACAACUUACACAAACAGGGCACUCUGUUACCUUUCUCUGAAGUUGUACAAGGAGGCGGUAAGAGAUUGUGUGGAUGCCCUCCGACUGGAUCCCAAUAACGUGAAGGCUCUAUACAGGCGAGCACAGGCACACAAGGAGCUGAAAGACUACAAAGCUUGUGUUGAAGACCUCAACACCCUGCUGAAAAUUGAACCGAAGAAUACAGCUGCCCAGAAAUUAAAACUGGAAGUACAGAAGAUGAAGUAACUUCAGUGCUUCUGGGCCAAAAAUCUUUGAUUUAAACAGGGUUUUUAAAGUGCCCUUACUUUGCCCUUGUUUAGUUUAUCUUUCUGUGGUAUUUAAUCACAUUAAAUACAUCUCGUUCUUUUGUAGUAUUUUGUACGUUUUUACUUGUUCUGCAGCAAGGCUGGAAAUCUAUGCACUGUAAAUUUAAGCUUUGUCUAUUUAUAAUAUUACAACAGAAUGGACACAGGCAAACGUUUGAAAUUUUAACGUUGUGCGUUUUCAAAAUUGCUUUACGUGAAUUAGAAUUUUAAACAAGUUUAGUAUUGAAUGAGCACUUCCAAAUUAAGCCACUGUUAAAAUUGUGUACAUAUUACAAGUUCUGUUUCAAGAUGGAGUUUCAUACUGUUCAAGGAUAGUUAUUUAGCUGUGUGUUUGGGAAAAGUCUUAUUUUCCGAUGCCUCUCUCCCUUUAGGGUAAAGUAAGUUGCUUUCCGUAUUUCAUUUCGCUUAGUUGUAAGAACUGUCCUCAGGGUUUGAAAACAUUUGUACAGCUUGUGUCAAAAACAGACCGAAGAUACUCCUUUUGGCAGAGAAGAUUAGUAAAGGUGAGCAGUUUUAAUAACGCGGAAUUCCAGAUUGUUUUGGAGCAGAGUAACAAACAAAUCUGGAGUAGGUGUUGACUCAGGACCCUGUGUUGUGUUCAAAGAAAUCAGUGUUGCUAACACACAGACUUGCGCACAUUAAUGUGGCACCAGCUACUAAAUUUGAGAGAGUGUAAGGAUAUAGUCAGUGGGUGGGUACUUCACAUCACUGUUUCCCAAUCCGGUCCUCAGGGACCUGCACACUGUCCAUGUUUUUGCUACCGGGAGCUGGGAGGGAGCAAAAAUGUGAACCAUCUGUGGUCUCCCAAGGACUGGGUUGGGAAACACUGCUAUAUUGAUUCCAUUUUUUUGUUCCACUAGUGAGGCUGUGAUGCAUUUUGAAGGUGAAACCCACACAAUGACCUGCUGUGAAUGAAGAGCCUCUUUAGUUUUUUUGGAAAUAUCUCAGCCUCUCGCAUAUGAAACAUGCUGCUGAUUUUUGCCUCCUGUCAGCUGACCUGUGGACUUACCAAUCAUGUCGGAAGCACCAGGAAAGGAACGUACUUGUGUAUCGCUUGAUUUUGAAUGAAGAUGUUUUGGCAUCUGGCUUUGUGGUUUUCACUUUAACUGAUUUCUGCGUGUAAAGUAUCUGGCUGUAUAAAUGGGGAAGUUGUAACUCCAUGGAUUAAAAGAAUUAGAGAUGCGAAUAAAUAUUUGAUGUUAUUGCUUAAGGAAA